AUGAGUGAUAAACCCGCAGACGAUCCUACCCGAUGGUAUCCCCUCGGCCAGUACGUUGAAGACGAAGAUGACUACAGCGGGAAGCGCGACGAUGACACCAAAACCUUCACUCUGGCUCGCAGCGACAUGGCAGCACUGAAUCGGUUCACCCAAACGGGUCGAAAGCUUCCUUUGUCUCGCGCCACCUACCAGACCCAGAUGGGUCUAACCAGCGAGUCUGAACUUACCGACGAUGUCUGGGCUGCAGUGGACAAGAUGCUUGUUAGCUUCAAGACCAUCAAUGGUGACUGCAACAAUUUCUUACUCGACGAUGGCGACAACAAGGGCACUUGGGCCAAGACCGUCGAUGUUGCAGGGAAGAUCUGGGCUUACAGUGACAAUGCCGGUGGCGAGGCAGGCGACUCGUUCUACCAGGCGAUGCUCGAGGCUGUCAAUGCCUACAAUGAAGCCGAUAACGAAAAAGACAAAGACGAGCAGAAGAAGUUGGUCAGAGAGUAUACGAGCAUGCAGAUGAAAGAUUGUACCGCGCUCGCAGCUGCCGCCGAAGUAGUCGAAACCGAGCUGGGUGACUUUCAGACGCGAUGCUCGGGCUAUGCCACUGACCUGUCGGGCCAUGAGAAAACGCUGCAGAAUCUCCUCGACAAGGAAUAUGGCGACAUCGAAGAUAUCAAAGCAGACAUCGAAAAGCAAACCGCUCUUAUCAAGUCCAAGCAGAGUAAGAUCGAUGCAGACCGCCUCAUAGAGAGACAAGAAGCCUACUAUGAGUGGAUGUAA